CAGGCAAACAUGGAUGCGUUCAGCUCCAAGGACAUGGCCUUGAAGGCACAGAAGAAGAUCCUCAGCUCCAUGGCCACGAAAAGCUCGGUGCAGAUGUUCAUCGACGACACCACCAGCGAGAUCCUGGACGAACUGUACCGAAUCUCCAAAGAGUACACGGGAAAUAAAACAGAGGCUCAGAAAGUCGUGAAGGAUCUGAUCAAGAUUGCGGUCAAGAUUGGCCUGCUGUUCCGAAACAACCGUUUCAGCAAAGAGGAACUGGGAGUGGCCCAAGACUUUAAGAAAAAAUUCCAUCAAGGGGCCAUGACAGCAAUCAGCUUUUAUGAGGUGGACUUUACCUUCGACAAGACAGUGAUGGCGGACAUCUUGUCCAGCUGCAGGGAUCUGCUGUUGAAGCUGGUCAACACGCACCUCACCCCGAAAUCGCACGGUCGCAUCAACCACGUCUUCAACCAUUACUCCGACCCCCAGCUGCUGACUCAGCUGUACGACCCCAGCGGGCCGUUCAGACCCCACCUCACCAAGAUCUGUAAAGGACUCAACAAACUGGUGGAAGACGGGACAAUAUGA